UGUCGAACGCCUAUACACCACUACGCAAUGGCAAGCCUCCCAAAAUACAUGUGUUUACUAAUCUUCAUUUUCCUUAUGUGUAAAGAUUCUUUUGCUCAAGGAGAAUACAACCUUACAAUCCAUCAAGAGGCAUCAAGUGCACCACAGGAGUGGAACGUGGCAAUUGAAAACACAACUCCUUGUGUCAUUUUCGACGCAAAAUUAGAUUGUAAAGGGUUUCAAUCUCGUACUGAAAUUGACCCUAAAGUUAUCUUAAAAGAAGAUGACUUGUGUAUCAUCAAUGGUGGCCAACAGAUAAAUCCUCAAGAUAGCCUUCAAUUUUGUUUAUGCACGGGAAAAUCAGUUUCCUUUUAAAUUGGCUCAUCAAUCUAUAGCAUGUUCAUGAAAAGAGAGUAAUUGUAAAAUGCAAUACA